AUGGAUUCUCCUAGUUCUUCCUCCAUGCUAAACUAUUGCUAUCACGAGUUUUUUGCGGAUGGCGAUGGUUCAACCGAUGAGGAGGUUGAGCAAGAGGCGGUUACGGGUGCUUGUAAACUAGCGAUGAGAUAUGCCGAGCAUUGUCGUCGCCCACAAGCCAAAAAAGGUAAAAGAGGUUAUAUUGAACGAGACCGACGCGGGGCACACGAUCGUUUGAUGAAAGAUUAUUUUGAUGAGGAGCCGACAUAUUCGAACGAAAUGUUUAGACGUCGUUUCCGAAUGAGUAAGCGGUUAUUUCUACGUAUAGUCCACGACUUGGAAGCCAACUACGAUUUUUUUAAACAAAAAUCGGAUGCGAGAGGGGAACUUGGAUUUACCGGUAUCCAAAAGUGUACCUCGGCGUUACGAAUCCUUGCUUAUGGAAACACUACCGACAUCAAUGACGAGUAUCUAAAAAUGGGGGAGAAAACAACGAGAGAUAGCUUGGAGCAUUUUUGUCGCGGUAUAAUUGAUGUGUACGGUGCGCGUUAUCUUAGAACGCCUACAUGGGAGGACCUUCAAAAGAUCUACGAGGUACAUAAUGCCGAGCAUGGUUUGCCUGGUAUGAUCGGGAGCAUAGAUUGCAUGCAUUGGCGUUGGGAUAACUGCCCGACUGCAUGGCGAGGCCAACACACACGUGGUGACCAAAAAGGACCCACUAUUAUUCUUCAGGCGGUUGCUUCACAGGACCUUUGGAUUCAGUUGCAUGAUGAACAUGCCAAUUUAAACAGCCCAUUUGUGGAAAAAAGCUUUUAA